AUGCUUCCGACCCCAGAUGUUGCUGCUGAUUAUGAAAAGGUAUACGAGCCUGCGGAGGACUCGUUUCUUCUGCUGGACUGUCUGGAGCAGGAAAAGGACUACAUCAACACACACUACAGCUCAUCGCCGUUGGUUGUUGAGAUUGGAACAGGCUCAGGCAUAGUGACGACGUUUAUGCACCAGUCAAUCGUACCGAAUGGGCUAUUUAUCACCACAGACGUCAAUCCACAUGCCUGCUUAGCCUCAAAGGCAACGAGCUUGAAGAACGGUGGUACUCCAUAUCUUGACUCAAUCAGGUCAGACCUUACAACUGCACUGAGGGACAACAUCGUUGAUAUUCUCAUCUUCAACCCACCGUACGUACCUGCGGAGGAAGUGCCUGGUAUUCCCAAGUCUGAGGACGCCUAUGAAUGGCUCGAUUUGGCACUGCUGGGUGGCUCUGAUGGGAUGGUUGUAACCGAUAGAUUGCUCGAAUCCUUGGGAACGAUUCUAUCGCCAAACGGUGUAGCAUACAUCUUAUUCUGUGCCAGGAAUAAGCCACAACAAGUUGUGGAAAACAUGGAACAGAAAGGUUGGCAAUGUGAACAUAUCAUGACUAGAAAGGCCGGAUGGGAAGUUCUAAGCGUUUAUAGAUUCAAACUUUUAUAA